AUGGAGGAUUCAACUGCUAUGACCAUUGAAUUUCUUCGGGCACGACUGUUGUCUGAAAGAUCUGUCUCAAGAACAGCAAGGCAGAGAGCUGAUGAAACUGGCCGUAAGGUGGAACUCGAGGAACAGCUAAAGAUUGUGUCUCUUCAAAGGAAGAAAGCAGAGAAGGCAACAGCAGAUGUUCUUGCCAUUUUGGAGAACAAUGGGAUAAGUGAUGAUUCCCAGGCUUUUGAUUCAAGCUCUGACCAGGAAGCAGAUCUUUCUGAAUCUAAAGUUGGUAAUGAUUCUGUGAAGGAGGAAAACUCAGUUAAUGUGAAAGAGAGAAGCAAUGAUAUGGAAGCAUUUUCGGGUUCUGAGGUUGAAUCUUCUCCAUCAUCUCAUAGAAGCUUGUCUUGGAAAAGUGGCAAAGAUUCUUUGCAUUCUCUUGAAAAGAAGAAACAGGUGGAUUUUACUGGGAGAAGGCGUAGCAGUUUUGCAUCAGCUGGCUCUUCUCCACCAAAACGGGCAGGUAAAUCAUGUCGCCAAAUAAGACGCAGAGAGACUAGGAACGGUUCAGCUACAAGUUCAGAAGGUUUUCUUAAUUGCUCUAACGGAGGUCUUCAGACCCUGAGGGAAGGGUCUCAAAACCAUAAAGAGAAAGAUUUACUUGAAGGUCCAGUAUCAGGGGACUUGAAAACCCAAAGAUUAAGCAAUGGCCACUAUUUCAAUGGACAUGGAGGACACAAGGACAUGGAAAGAGCAUUAGAACAUCAAGCACAACUCAUAGGUCGAUAUGAGGCAGAGGAAAAAGCUCAAAGGGAAUGGGAAGAGAAGUUCAGAGAGACGAAUGGCUGUCCACCGGAUUCAUGUGACCUUGGGAAUCAUUCAGAUGUCACUGAAGAAAGAGAUGAGAUUAAGGCACCAGUUCCCAAGUGCUCUGCUGGGACAAUCACCUCUCAAAACCCAGAGGCAAAGUUCGGGACUCUAGAUACUUGUGACAGAGAAGAAUCCAAAAUUCCUAAUGGCUUUCAGUCUCCACCAGAGUUUGAUAUGGGAUGCUUACAGGAUCAGAAAUGCAGCAGUGCAAUUGCUUAUGAAUCCACAGCCUCACAUAUGGCCAAGGGGAAGCAUGAUAUGGAAUAUUCACAAAAUUGCCAUAGUCCACCUUUACAUAAUUCCCAUCAAUACUCAUACUUGCAGGAUACCGACAAAAACCAAUCUGCACACACUUUUUAUGCUGGAAGUUGCUUGAGCAAAGCAGAAGCUUCUGGAAGCAGAAAUCAGCUUGCUUUGAUUGUGCCUGACACUUCCGGUAAAUUGGAAUCUGUCCUGGAGGCACUUCAACAAGCUAAGGUAUCAUUAAAACAGGAACUCAACAGAUUGCCUUUUGUAGAAGGUGGAUCGGUUGGGAAAGCUAUUGAAGCUUCUAUUCCUGUUAUGAGAAGUGGGGACAGGUUGGAGGUUCCAGUUGGAUGUGCUGGGCUUUUUAAGUUGCCUACUGAUUUUCAGUUCGGAACCACUACUCCAGCCAAUGUCCUGGGUUCAGGCUCUCGACUAAGUUUGGCAAAUUAUUGUCCUGAAACAUCUGGUGACAAAUUCUUCUCCAGCCCUCGCAUGGAGUCUCUACCAAGAGCGUCUUUUGACAAUCGAUUCCUCACUAUUCCCACCAAUCUUUACUCGGAGAUGAGGCCACAAGUUCCUAGUCAGAUGCCUAUACCAAUGUUUGGGCCUAGCUUGGAUGCAGGUUUACCAUCAUCCGGUAGAUACACCAAUCUAAAUUCCCACUUGAGCACAGGUCCACCCUCUACAAGUAAUUACACCUAUCCCAUCCACCGUGACCUGAUGCCACGGAUGCCCUCUAAUGGAGGACUUUCAAGACCCUUUCCAAGUAGGGAAGUUGGGGUACCUCCUUCGACUCAAUUUUCUUUUUAUGAUGAUCAACUUCGGCCAAAUAUGUACAGAUAG